CUGAGCAGGGCCCAGCGAGAGCUGCCAGGAGCGCUCUGCAGCCAGACCCAGCUGCGCUGCGCUUCCCCACCCUCGCUGGGGGAGCGGCUCUGCAGGGCACUUGACUGCUCUCCACCACUUAGACACCGCUAGAGCAGGCAGGAGGAGGGGCCUGUGGCAGCCAGGGCGGGGGUGUCUCCAGCAGAGCAGGAAUUCAGCUUCUCUCUUCGGCCGAGGCAGAGGAUCUGGUCUUGCAUCAGCAUUUAAAAUGGACCUUGACAUCCAGUGUGAAGAGAUGAGUGCGUCCAGAUGGACCGAGCUUAAAUCUUCCAUGAACACAAGCAAAACUGUCAGGCUGGAUGAUUGCAGUCUCUCUGCUAGUCACUGUAAGGAUAUUGGCUCUGUCCUCAGUUCAAACCAGACCCUGACGGAGCUAACCCUGAAUAACAAUGAAUUGGGAGACUCGGGAGUGGAACUGCUGUGUAAAGGGCUGAUGACUCCAAGCUGCAACUUACAGAAACUCUGGCUGCAGAACUGCAAUCUAACAAAUGCCAGCUGUAAGCAUCUCCGUUCUGUCCUGAGCACAAAACCAACUCUGACAGAGCUGCAGCUGGGUGAUAACAAACUAGGAACUUCAGGUGUGAAAGUGCUGUGUGAAGGGUUGAUGGAUCCCAACUGCAAGCUACAGAAGUUACAGUUAGAGUAUUGUGAACUCUCACCUGACAACUGUGAGAUGCUCUGCGCUGCUCUGCGCACAAAGCCUUCCCUGAGGGUGCUCAACAUAAGUAACAACAAACUGGGAGAUGCAGCAGUAAAAGUGCUGUGUCAGGGAUUGAUGGAUCCCAACUGCAACUUACAGUCACUACAUCUGGAGAACUGUCGUAUCACAGCUGCUAGCUGUGGGGAUCUCAGCACUGUUCUUGCUAGGAAGCCAUCCCUGACAGAACUUUCUGUGGGCGAGAACAAGAUUGGAGAUCCAGGUGUAGCACUGCUGUGCCAGGGACUGCUGAAUCCCAACUGCAAAAUAGAGAAGCUAUGGUUGUGGGAGUGUCGUGUCUCACCUGCUGGCUGUAAGGAUCUCUCUCAGGUCCUCAGUACAAAAGAGUCCCUAACAGAGCUGAGCCUGAUUGGUAAUGGGUUGGGAGACCCAGGAAUGGAGCUACUGUGUCAAGGACUGAAGGAUCCAAAAGCUAAACUCCAGGCACUAUGGAUAAGGGAAUGUGGUCUCACAACUGCCUGCUGUAAGAGCAUUAGCUCUGUUCUUGCCACAAACCAGACCUUGAGAGAGCUGCAUAUGGGUGGAAACAAGAUAGGAGAUGCAGGGGUUGAAAUUCUCUGUGAAGGACUGAUGAACCCCAACUGUAACUUACGGUCCCUAUGGUUGGGUAACUGCAGUCUCUCAGCUGCUUGUUGUGGGAGUCUGGCCACUGUCCUCUCUUCCAAACCGAGCCUGACUGAGCUAGACCUGAGUAACAAUUCACUGGAGGACGAAGGUGUGAAGAAGCUGUGUGAAUCACUGAAACAUCCAAAUUGCAAACUACAGCAACUUGUUCUGUACGACAUCUACUUGAGUUCUGAAGUGGAUGAUGAACUGAAAGUCCUGGAAGAGUCCAAACCUGGACUGAAGAUUAUUUUGUGAGCGGUGCAGUUUCAGAUGGGACCAUCUGCUGAGCACUGUCCUCUCCCUGUUUCUGUCUCUUUAUCUGAACUCUUCAUAUAUGCAGUUAACCAAUGAGUUCAAUGUAGAAUGUCUUUACCAAAAAAAAAUUCAUGGAAUCUCUGCAGAACAAUGUCCCUCAAGGGAAUUGACAGCCUGCUGUGUAUUCAUGAAUGUAUCCAAUCUGAAGCUCAUCAGAGCAUCUCUGUCCCUAAGGUAAAGAAUACUAGGCAUCUACAAGAACUGGGCCUUUACCUAUAGGAGCAGCUCUCAUAUACCUAUUUAAUGGGUCAAUCGAGAUUUCUAGAAGUUUCCCUUCCACUUAAGAGCUGGCAAAAGCAGAACUACCUGGUGAAUGUCUAGUAUUCAAUAGACGGUGCUUUAGCUGAGUCUCUCUGGGGGAAGGUAUCCAGGAACAAAGCAAAAAUAUUGACACUAAAAUAAAUGAAAGUAAUGCGCUGUUCCUGGAAGAGGUCAGUUUUUCCCCUGGGAACGUAAUCUUGACAGGAGCCCCUAGACAAGGCUGAUAAGAGUGGGUGCUCACUUAAUACCAGGACUUCCUUUCUCUUGAAAGAAGUCUAUGAAGCUUCUUUAUUACUAGUAAAAAUGAUGAUGUUUUCUCUCUCUCUCCCUUUCUGCUAAACUGAAAGUGAGUAAAUUCUCUGAAUUGUUCUGGCAAAAGUAGCUCUGUAGAAAUGUCUUUCAAAUAAAGUUUCAUUGCAAAGAA